AGGAGGGAGGAUUAAUGUUCGAGCGCGAGGCUUUAGAAGGGCGGGUUCGCGAGACAGACAAGGGGCGGUUGGCUGGUUGGGUGUGCGCGCGCGCACACAUAUGUCCCCGUCCGCGCGACCCUUCCACCUCCCCCCCUCCACACAGAUCUCUAUAUACGUAAUCCAGAGCGGAGGGCGGGGGAGGGAGAAGGGGCCGCGCCGGCAGGAUUACGUCGAGCCAGGCCUGGGCCGCAGACAGAGCCUUGAGUCCUAAUCUUGUUUUGGCAACAGCGGCCGCUACUGCGGAUAUGGCCGAGUUGUCGCCAGCGGCCUCUCGUUCCGCGCCGGGCGCUGUUUCCCCGCCGCUCGUUGAAGCAGAACUAUACUUCCUCAUAGCUCGCUUCUUGACCACUGGGCCCUGCAGGAGAGCAGCAGAGGUGCUAGUGCAAGAACUGGAAGAGCACCAGUUGCUUCCUAAAAGAUUGGAUUGGGAAGGAAACGAGCAUGGCAGAACUUAUGAAGACUUGGUCUUAUGCAACAAACAUGUGGCACCUGAUCACUUACUGCAAAUUUGCAAGCGGAUUGGCCCUAUACUGGAUAAGGAGAUUCCACCCAGCAUUCCGAGAGUGAAUUCAUUGUUGGGUGCAGGAAAGCAAUCCUUGCUACGAACAGCAAAAGAUGGCAGACAUACCAUUUGGAAGGGCUCAGUUCUUGCUGCUCUUCAUAGAGGAAGACCUCCUGAAAUGUCUGUUAACUCUGCUACAUUACCAAAUCUGGUGGAAAUAAAUUAUGCAACACAGUUAACCGGAUGCACAAGAUCGAGUUCUUCAUUACCGGUCAACAUGUAUCAGCAUAUAAAGAUGCAUAGACGAAUUCUUGGUCAUCUCUCUGCAGUUUACUGUGUGGCUUUUGAUAGAACUGGACAGAGAAUAUUCACUGGAUCAGAUGAUUGCUUGGUAAAGAUUUGGUCCACACACAAUGGUCGAUUGCUUGCUACGUUAAGGGGCCAUUCAGCAGAGAUAUCAGAUAUGGCUGUGAAUUAUGAAAACACAAUGAUUGCUGCUGGCAGUUGUGAUAAAAUUAUCCGUGUUUGGUGUCUCAGAACAUGUGCUCCACUUGCUGUUCUACAGGGACACACAGGUUCAAUUACAUCAUUGCAAUUCAGCCCACUGGUCAAAGACACCACACGAUACAUGGUUUCCACAGGUGUAGAUGGAACAGUUUGCUUCUGGCAGUGGAAUACAAUUUCUAUGAAAUUCAAUAAUCGGCCACUGAAAUUCACAGAAAAACCUAGACCUGGUGUUCAAAUGCUUUGCUCUUCAUUUAGUGUUGGUGGGAUGUUCUUAGCAACUGGCAGUACUGACCAUGUUAUUAGAAUGUAUUAUUUUGGUUCUGAAAUCCCUGAAAAAAUUUCAGAGCUGGAGAGCCACGCCGAUAAAGUUGACAGCAUCCAGUUUUCUAAUAGAAAUGACAGGUUCAUCAGUGGCAGCAGAGAUGGAACAGCUCGGAUAUGGCAAUUCCAGCAAGCUGAGUGGAAAAGCAUAUUGUUGGACAUGGCUGACAAAUUACCUAGUGAUGUUUGCUCAGAAGAAGACAAAUUUAUGAAGCCUAAAGUAACCAUGAUAGCUUGGAGUCAAAAUGAUAAAUUGGUGGUGACUGCUGUGAACAAUCAUCUCCUCAAAGUCUGGAAUUCUUAUACUGGACAGCUGCUUCAUGAUCUCACAGGACAUGCUGAUGAAGUAUUUGUUUUGGAGCCCCACCCAUUUGAUCCUAGAAUUAUGUUAUCUGCUGGCCAUGAUGGCAAUAUCUUUAUUUGGGAUAUAAUAAAAGGAAUUCAGAUGAAACAUUAUUUCAAUAUGAUUGAAGGACAAGGACAUGGUGCUGUCUUUGACUGCAAAUUUUCAUCAGAUGGACUUCACUUCGCUUGUACAGAUUCUCAUGGGCACCUCUUGAUAUUUGGCUUUGGUUGUAACAAACCUUAUGAAAAGAUCCCUGAUCAGAUGUUCUUCCACACUGACUACCGACCCCUGAUUCGAGAUUCUAACAACUAUGUCCUAGAUGAGCAGACUCAACAGGCACCUCACCUCAUGCCUCCACCAUUCUUGGUAGAUGUGGAUGGAAACCCUCACCCAACAAAAAAUCAGCGGUUGGUACCAGGAAGAGAGAAUUGUGCAGAUGAGCAUCUGAUUCCACAGCUCGGAUAUGUAGCAAGAAGUGAUGGAGAGGUUGUUGAGCAAGUAAUAGGUCAACAAACAGCUGAGCAGGAUGAACAAGGUCCAGAAUCUAGCAUACUUGAUGGAAUGAUUAGACAGUUGCAGCAACAGCAAGACCAAACUAAUGGCAUUGAUCAGGACAGUUUUCCACCCGGGCCACAAAAUGGUGAAGAAACACCCAGAAGAGAUUUUUGGAGACCAAGUUUAGACAUCCAGUCCCCUCCUAAUAUUGGCCUGAGGCGUAGCGGUCAAGUUGAAGGUGUGCGUCAAAUGCAUCAGAAUGCUCCGAGGAGUCAGAUUGCAACAGAGAGAGAUCUACAAGCUUGGAGGCGGAGAGUAGUUGUUCCAGAAGUACAACCCAGUAUAUUCAGAAAUCAAGAGGAAUAUAGAAUAGCAAAAGGAGAAGAAGAAAAAUGUUUGUAUAAAAUGGAGCAGAAAAGAAAGUUAUUGCAGUCUUCAGAAAAGAGUGAUUCAGAAGAUUCAUUGAUGCAGUCCAAGAGGCGGCUUUAUAGACGUAAAUAUGUACGCAAUAAAAUUGACCUAUCUGAUUCUUCUAGUGAAGAUGUGGAUGAUAGUUACGAGUUUAUGGAACAGGAUGCAGAAGGAAGUGGUGGGUUGAGUUUGUCUUCCCAUGAGGAAGAAUGGCAAAGUGAUCAGAAAACCAACAGCAACAGUUCCAGUGACUCCUCAAGCCAGUACUCUGAUUGGAUUGCUGAUGCAGGGAUCAACCUACAACCUCCUUUAAGAGCCUCUCGCCGUAAAGCUAUUAGAUACUGUAGUUCUUCUGAAGAUGAAAUAUCAUUGGGGAAAAAAUCUCCCCGUCAAAGGAGAAAAAAAAGACGAAAGAAAUACAAAUCAAAAAGACAUGAGGAGAAUGUUAAAGCUGAAGUGGAUGCCUCUCAACAGACUUCAGACCCAGAACUGUCCUUUGAGUUCCAUCCUCCUGAUUGGAUAACAGACAUGAGACUCCGAAGAUCUCCUUUUGUUCCACAAAUGGGGGAUGAGGUGAUAUAUUUUCGACAAGGCCAUGAAUCUUAUAUUGAAGCGGUGAGAAAGAACAAUAUUUAUAAGCUGAAUCCUCAUAAGGAGCCAUGGCGAAAAGUAGUUCUUAGGGAACAAGAAUUGGUAAAAAUCGUUGGGAUACGUUAUGAAGUUGGUCCUCCUACCUUAUGCUGUCUUAAGCUUACUCUUAUGGAUCAUAUUACAGGGCAUCUUCAGGACAAGUCAUUUUCUCUUAAAUACCAUGAUAUGCCAGAUGUUAUUGAUUUCCUAGUGUUACGUCAAUUUUAUGAUGAAGCUCGGCAAAGAAACUGGCAGCCUUAUGACCGCUUUCGUUCAAUUAUUGAUGAUGCUUGGUGGUUUGGAACUGUUUUGAGCCAAGAGCCUUAUCAACCACAAUAUCCGGACAGCCCUUUCCAGUGCUAUAGUGUUAAAUGGGACAAUGGAGAAAUUGAAAGACUUAGCCCUUGGGACAUGGAACUGAUUCCAGAGAAUGUAGUUGAGCCACCUGAUGAACUGGGAGCCAGUGUUUCUGUGACUGCCGAAGAGAUGGCAAAACUAUUAUACAAACCUCAAAAGGGAGAAUGGCAAGAGGAAUCCCAGGAUGAAGAAUGUGAAAGAAUUAUUUCUGCAAUUGAUCAGCUUCUAACUCUUGAUAUUUCAGCACCGUUUGCUGGUCCAGUUGAUCUGAAUACAUAUCCAAAAUACAGUACAGUAAUAGCUUAUCCAACAGACCUUUGGACUAUUCGGAUGCGACUAUUUAACCGGUUUUACAGGAGACUCUCUGCAUUGAUUUGGGAAGUGAGAUGUAUUGAGAGCAAUGCCCGCACCUUCAAUGAACCCAAUAGCACAAUUGCCAAGUCUGCUCAGAAAAUCACAGAUCAACUCUUAGAAUUCAUUAGAAACCCAAACUGUACAGAUAUUUUUGAGUUGUCUAUUGCAACAAAUAACGAGGAUAGCACUGAUGCAGCUGAUCUGGAUGAUGAAGAGGCCUAUACACCAAGAGCACGGUCUAAAAAACGGCAGACCAUGAAGAAGAAAACCAUUGUGAAACACAGCUUUGAUGGAAAUAGUUGGAAAAAGCAGUGCAUGGAACUUAUAAAUUUAAUUUUCCAAUGUGAGGAUUCUGAGCCAUUCAGACAACCUGUUGAUCUGAAUCAGUACCAAGACUACAGGGAAAUUAUAGACACACCAAUGGACUUGAGCACUGUAAAGGAGACGCUAGAAGCUGGAAACUAUGAUACACCAGUGGAACUAUGUAAAGAUAUCAGAUUAAUAUUUAGCAAUGCUAAAGCUUAUACCCCCAAUAAGAGGUCCAAGAUUUACAGCAUGACAUUGAGAAUAUCUGCACUGUUUGAGGAAAAAAUAAGGAAACUCCUUUCUGACUACAGAAAUGGACAAAAAUACAACAAAAGAUUGCAGAGAGGUCGGAGAAGUCAGAGAUUCAAUAGGAAAUUGCAGGGUCAGUCUGCAGAGUCUACUACCAAAUCACUCAGAAAUUCAAAGCAGAAGCAGUGCAAAUCUCAGCCAAACAUUCAGUCUGAGGCAGAAGACUUAUCUAACCAAAAUAACUCAAGUAGAAGCAUCUGUAUAAGCCAUAAACUAUAUACAAGCAGCUCUAGCCGCAGAAUUGCCAACUUGUCUUCGGACUCCAAUUCUGAAUCUUCUUUUGGGAAAUAUGCACGAACAAGGAGCACAGCUGUGCUAGGCGGUUCCACGUUAUCAUCAGAAAGUGAACUAGAACAAUCAACAAUGGAUUCAUCUUCAAGUAGUUCAGAGGAAAGCAAAGAAAGUUCUCCAGCUAUUUCAUCUCCUCUACUGUAUAAUGGAACACAUGGGAAAAAGAAAAACUUCAGGGUUACUAGAAAUAGAGCACAUCAUCAAAAGCAAAUAAAAAAAGAUGUUGAUCAUAGAACCAGAGUUGUUUACUCUGUUAUGCCAGCUUCUGAAGAGAAUGAAAAUAGUCAGAGGACUGCCAGGAAAAGAAUACCAGUGAAAGAAACAGAUACUUCAAAGGAGCUAUAUGAAACUACAAACAACAGGCGUGGGAGGCACAGAAAAAUUCCACGUAGAAGUGCUACUGUGGCAGCUAAUAAAUUAAGACUUAUGAGUGAUGUAGAAGAGGAGUGCUCUAGCUCAGAAAGUGCUGUUAUUGGGUGUAAAAACAGAAUAUUGCCUCAUCGUAGUGCCUCUGCUGCAGCCAGAAAAGUGUUGCUAAAAGACUGUGAUGAAGAAAGUUCUUUUACAUCUGAAAGUGAGAAAGAACAAUCUAACAUGAGAAAACCCUGUAAAGAUAGUUCUCUUCGAAAAAGGCAUGUUAGAGAGUCUGAAAGUGGAAGUUCAGAUUCUGAAUGUGGUAUGCAAAAAACACCAAAGUGCUAUCAUAUUAAUGGUCAUAAACAGAGAGUUGUUUCCAAAUUAAAGGACACAUUUGGCUCUUCAGAAGACAGCCCUCAAAGCCCCAUACCAGAAGAGAGGGUUUUUAAAAAAACUACAUCUUUACACAAAAGAGACACCAGGAGCAACUCUGAGGAAGAUUCUGAGCCAGAGAGGGACAGUAGUUUACCAAAAAGGUCAGCCACUCACUGCAGGAAAGCUAAAGUUUUGAGUGAUUCAGAGGAAGGACAGUCGGAGAAAGAAGAUAAAAAUGCUGUUUUUUCAGAGAACAGAAGCUUUCCUAAGACUUCAGGACAACCCAGCAAUCACUAUCACUGCUCAUCUAAUUUAGAACAAGAAAUGGAUAGCAGUAAUUCAGCAGAAAGGAAGAAAAAGGAAGCUACCAAGAAAGAACGUGUCAGCCAAGAGAAUGGGCGUGGAAGAUCAACCAGGAAAAGGUCGUAUGAAACUGAUUCUCAAAAAGAAGUGACUCUUAGUAAAAUGCAAAAUAGUGUUCAUCAUGAUUCACACAGAUUACCAUGCAGAAGGGCAAUUGUGGCAAUUAACAAAUUGAAGUUGAUGGGUGAUGUAAAUGACUUCCCUACCUUGGAAGCCAGAGACUCUGCAAACAAGAAUGGAAAACUAAACCAUCACAGUGUUUCUUCAAGAAGAAGGGAGGAAUCAGCCAGCUCAGGAGAUGCAAGUCAACAGUCAGAGGAAGAAGAAAACCAACACAACAUCAGGAGAAAAUGCACCUUAUCAGGUUCAAUGAGUUUUCCUGCCAGGAUAUAUGAUAGUGACUCUGAAAAUAGUUCAAAUUCUGAAAGUGCUGCAAGAAAAAAGAGACUUAUUAAAUCCCUUAGACACAAAAAUACAACUGUCCAUGAUAAAUCCUCUUGUAUAAAACCCAGAAUGAAAAUUUCUAAGAGAAGCCCAAAGAGCCAUACAUUAAAGGAUAAAAAUAAUGAUACAUUUCUUGCAGGGGAUACUAUAGCCAGUUCAGAAUCUCAAGAAGAAUCUCAGUGCAGUGAAAAAGUAGGGAAAAGACAUACUUAUCAGAAGACUACAACUACUUCUAGUAAAUCAAGCUCCCCAAAUCACAUCAGUGCCACAACAGAUACCGAUGUGGAACACAGAGAGGAUGGAAUAGGCUCUAUGCCCUACAGCAAGGGAUUUUCUAGAAAAUCAAUAUCAAAAUGCACUGUAGACACCAGUUGCCCUUCCAAUUUGGAAAAUGAAUCAAAUUCCAAUAGUAGCAGUUACAGUGAUGGCAUGAUUGAACACAAGAGAAAGAAAAGAAAAGCAGAAGUAACUAAGAAAGAAUUGAUUUCUCAAGAAAUGAGUCAAAGUCAAAUAGUGCUCAGGGGCAGGAAAAAAUUCAAAUAUUAUGCAAAACAGAAUAGUGAAGCAAUGACUGUCAGAACUCGUAAUGCACAGAAAAUACCACGCCGAAGUGCUGCUGUGGCUGCAAACAAAAUUAAACUAAUUACUUAUGCUAGAGAGGAAAAUUCAAGUUCAGAGAUUGGUUAUACUCCAAACAAAAACAGAAGAUUGCCAGAUCGGAAUGCAUCUGCUGCAGCUAGAAAGAUAUUGGAUGAUCCACUUAAACUCUCUGAAAGUGAAGGAGAAUUGGGAGAACGUAGGAUUAAAGAAGAACAAUUUGAAUCAGGAGAAUCUAGUAAACAUUUGGAUUCUGAAAAAGAGAGUAAGGUAAAACAAAAAAGCAAGCACAGAAAUGGGCAACAACUUAUUACAACUGUGACUCGAAUCUAUCCAAAACGGAAGAAACUUGUAGAAUUUUCUAGAGAGGAAUCCUUCAGUAGUACUACAUCUGAGGACCAGAGAGAUUUGAGCCAGUCAUCUCCAGAUUACCACAAUGCAAAAAUCAACUCUGCCGGAGAUUCUGAUCCAGAAAAUGUGUGUAUAGUUAGAACAGUAAGGAGCAAGGCAAAGAGUGCUGGAGGAGUUUUAUCAAAGAGCCAGAAAACACAAGCUUCAGGGAGUUCAAAAUCUGAACCAGAAUGCAGUUCUAAUAUUUCUUCAGAUUUAGAACCUGAAACAGAGUUGGGAAAAAACAGCGAAGUCAGGAAAACAAAAAAGAGGAAGAGGAAAGCCAUUCCAGUCAGUCAAACGAUAAGUGAUGCCUUUUCUGAAUCAUCCAGAAUACCUCAGAGAAGAAAACGACCAAAAGUAAAUGAAGAGAAUGAUUCUGAAGAAUUGAAGUAUACAAAAUAUCGAAGAGUAAAUCGGCGUUCCAAAAUCAGAACUAGAAAUGGGGGCAGGAGAACUGUAAGAUAUGCAGAUGAGGAAGAUGAUUGUGAAAUGUAAUAUUUUUGUGGUGUAGCCCACUUUUCUUUUACUGGUGAUACUAGAAUUAAUAAUAAACGGGAUCUUCUCUUCCUAUAAUUCAGGGAAUAUAUAUAUAUAUAUAUAUUUUUCUAUGAAAAAGUUAAAUGCAGAGGUUUUUCUUUUCAUAUUAUAACUUGCACUUGUCUGGCUGUGUAGCAGCAUUUAGCACAUAUGCCAAAAUGUGCCUCAUUAUAGGGGCAAAAUUUUUCUCCGUAAUGGUAUUUUGCUAAUUAUAGUAAGUGGCAGAAGUGAGUGGAUGAUUGGAUAAAGUGAAUAAUUUUACGGUGCUGCAAAGAUACACUACACAAGUCAUACUGCAUUAGGCUGUUCAGUAAACUGAUUAAUCUUAACAGCUGUGUGUCUUAAGAUUUGUUACAGCAGUAACAAGUCUAGCAUCUAAUACUGUAUAUUCUGAACAACUCAAAGUGGUUACUUGUUUUAAAGAACAACUAUGGCAAAUGGUUACCAAAUAAUGUAAUAACUUGUAAAAAUUAGCGGUGCUACAGAUGUCUGAAAAACAGCUUGAAAUAAUCAGUAAUAAAUAAUAUUUACUGAUCUUAUAAAUAUGUUGAUAAAAGAUGUUGCUCUUAUACAUAAACGCUUUAAUAUAUGGCUUCCAUGCUGUAAAUUUAAGACUAUUAGAAUACAGGUGAUCACUUGAGCCUAAGCUUGGGGGGGGGGGGGGGAAUGCAUUUUGUUACGAACAAGCAAACAUGUAAGUAUACCCUGUGGUUUGUGUUUUUUCUUCAAAAUGAAUUAAAUUGUUAAUGCUGAAAGUGCUAUGAUUAACAUGUUUUGCUGAAAUUUAAUGCUUGAUUCCUUAAGAUUUAAAUUAUUUAUAACUUAGAUUAUUGGUGCACUUAAACCAGUCCACCUCCUGAUUUGUCAUAGUAAAGCACCUUCUUGUUGGUUGUGUUCAAGUCGGCACUGUUGGAGGAGAUGUAAUUUCAUUUCAUUAUUGCAUAUCCAGAGUGGGCAGUACUUUAUAUUGUAUAACUGUUUAAUGGUAAGAUGUACACAUUUUCUUUUUAAAAUAACAUUCUCCCUUGGUUGACCUUCUGGAGAGUAUUUUUAACCCUUGUCUCUCCUAGAGAUACCUUUUUUGUUAUAGUAUAACCCCUAUUUGUUCUAGUCAUACCUCAUGUACAGUUUUCACUUAAUAGGCAUUUAAUUUAUCCCUGUGGGCCUCCUGAUGUUUAUUUUGUUAGAACUAUUAAUGCAGGGUGAUAUGCAUCUUUUUUAUUAAAUGAGCAAAACCCUGGUCUUUAGAAUGUUGGUUUUGUCUUCUACUACUUGGUUUCUCAAGAUAAUAUUCCCCCAAUCAUAUAAUUUGUUUAUUAAUAAAGAAAUGCUAUUGAUCAAAGUUA